CCUCUUCCGGUCAGACGAGAAUCUGGUUUCCUGCCUAAGUGACCAAAUUCAGAAUGCUGCUCCGGUUCGGUAAGCAGCUCGCUCGGCCCACUCAGUCCCUCUCCGGCUGGCUGGUCAGUAAGUUCUUCAAACUCCACAACCACCUCCUGGAGGAGAACGCAGUGAAGCUCUGCGACCUGCAGCCUGAUGAGACGGUGCUGGAGCUCGGACACGGACCGGGGCUCGGCCUGCAGCGCGCGCUCCACGGGCUGACCGGGCUGCAGGGGAGGCUGCUGGGUGUGGAUUACUCUGAGUAUAUGCACCUUAUGGCUUCAGAGCUGAUGAAGGAGCAGAUCUCUACGGGUAAAGUGAAGCUGUUCCUCAGUGAUGUUGCAAAGAUGCCCAUAGAAGAUAACAGUGUGGAUAAAGUGUUCCACUGUAACUGCUACUACUUCUGGCCUGAUCUGAAGAGAGGAGCCGCAGAGAUACACCGAGUCAUGAAACCAGGUGGGCUGAUGGUGACGACCCUCCGCCUGGACCGAGUGGCUUUACUUGCGUCUAAAAAGAUGCUGCCUGCAGAGAACUGGCGACCGGAAGCGUAUAUGGAGGCUCUGGAGAGCACUGGAUUCAAAAACGUCAGGAUGGAGAACAGAAAACACAAACUGAUUCAGUAUGAAGCGAUUUACGCCACCGCUGCCAAAUAAAAGCCCUCAGAGCUUCAGCUGCAGAGUCAGCCCUGAGAUAGGACACACCCACAAUAAUAAGCCACACCCACUGCUGAUUGGCUGCGCCCAGAUGAGCAGUUUUGAUCAUUAACAGGUUUCAGAGAAAGUUUGUAAAUUAGAAGGUCUUAGAUUCUGUUUCUGCAGCUCCUUCAGCACUUAUGUCUCUCUGUGUGUAUCAGAGAGUAAAUCAGGCUUUUAUUUUCACCUGUUUACUUCACCUGUUUUAUUUGAGUUUAUGCUGCUGAUUUUUAGACUGAGCCGACUGCAAAAUCUUACCACACACGAACAGAUGUUUUAAAGAGGAAGUUCACAUUCACUGAGUCACUCACACACUUAACUACAGAUCUGCUCAGAAACAGAAAUAAAGAGAAUAAACAGAAUAAUAAACAGAAUUGCAGUAAAACA